AUGAUUCUGACCUCUAAUUCCUUAGUCAAAUAUGGCUUAAUAAGCAAAGAAAGUAUCGAAAUCCUCCUUGUUGAUGACGACUCUGACUGUAUUUUUGCAUAUGCGAUCACUCAUGAUAAAGCAUAUUAUGCAACCGGCGGAAGCGCCCAAAAAGUGUUCUUAUGGGAUAUUAAAACUAUGAAAAAGGUCAGGGAAUUCAAAGGAAGUGAUAAUUAUAUUAGAGAAAUUAUUUUCUUGCCGUCUUCCAAUGCUAUUGCUGCUGGAAACUACAGUGGGACUGUUUAUUUUUGGGACAUUUCUACUGGUGAAUUUGUAAUCUCACCUCUUAAAGGAGAAAAAGACCAACAAGUAGUUAGUUUAGGCACUUUUCAAAAUGAAGAAAAUGUGGUGAUUGGCAGUGAAUCGGGCUCAAUAUUCGUAUAUAAUUGGAGAACAAAAACAUUACUAGCCACAUUUAAGGCUGGAGGAGAAAUCAAUAAAAUUCACAUAGCAAAAGAUCAGAAAAAUAUGAUUGUUGCCACUAAAGAAGGCAAAAUCUCUUUUUGGAGCCUUAUUACAUAUAAUCAGCUGUUUCAUUAUGAUAUUAAGCAGGAGAUAGCAUAUUUUCAGCUAACAGCUGAUGAAAAAUAUUUAACCUAUAUGAUUAUUAAAAAGGAAGAAAAAUAUGAAAAUGAGAAAAAAAUAGAAAAAGGAAAGUGCGAAGAAGAAAAAGAAGAAAAAGAAGAAAGAGAAGAAGAAGAUUUAUAUGAAGAUGAAGAAGCGGAUAGUGAUGCUGAUAAUUUGUUUAUUAAGAAAAAUCCACUUGCAACUGAAGUUGUAGUUGCUGCCGGGCCUGGCAGCGGGUUUUCUUAUAUGAAAUAUGUGAUGGACCUCAUAAAUAAUAAGGGAAAACAGCAUAAACCAGAAAACGAUCAAUGGAUUAUAAUGCCAUAUAGAAUCAAUACUCUCCACCUGUAUUCUUACUUCAACCAUCCAAAUCAGCUCAAAUUAGCUCUUGAAGGUGGAGGUUCACUAUUCAAUACCAAUUUCGGUGAAAAUGCUCUAUCUUUUGCUAUUAAAAAACAGUUUUCAGGCUGUGUGAGCGCAAUAGUGUCCUCUUUUGGAAAAAUUUUAAAAGGAAAUUCUAAUGCCCUUAAUUUCAUAUCUGAAGAUUGCAUUAUUGGGCUCAAUAUGCUUGGCUAUCCUUCUUUAACCAAGUUUUAUAAGCUAAUCUAUACUCCUUAUACAGGAAAAUUCGUCAAGUUUGUUGACGAAUCAUUGCAAACCCCUAUUUAUUAUCACUCAAAAGAAAUUUAUCCAUUAGAAUCAAAUUUUGUGCAGCAGAGACAGAAAAGAACUGAAGGCAAGCCUGUAAAAUGCAUGCUAACUUCUUUGCCGCUUCCAUUAACUAAUGGCUCUAAAGCGAGCACUGAUUUCUUAGAUAGUCUCGAAGAGUGCCCGAAUUCUGCUAUUUUUACGACUAAGCUUAUACAAGAUAUAUUAGAUCAUAAGUGGGAAAACCUUAAAUUCUGGGUUCUUAAAAUCAUUGAUUGGCAUGCCUCUCUGGCUGCAAUGUCUAGCUCAGCUUCUACAGUUCUCUGUCAAAGUAUCUACUUUUUUAGGGGUGCUGAUAAUAAUCUUAAGCCUUCCAUAUGCCUUUAUAAGGCUACAAGAUUAUGACUCUCGCUGUUGCUGAUUUUGAAUUCUUUGGGAAAGCUGAACUCUAUGAUAAUAAAUGAUCUUAGAAACAAUCUCAUAAUGGGAAUUUCAUAUGCAUUAUUAAUGUAA